AUGUUACCUCUCGGUCUCCUGACGGCCGCGCAAGGCCACCCCAUGCUCGUGGAACUCAAGAACGGCGAAACCCUCAACGGACACCUUGCCAAUUGCGACAACUGGAUGAACUUGAUACUCAAGGAAGUUGUUCAGACGAGCCCCGAAGGUGAUCGCUUCUUCCGGCUACCGGAGGUCUACGUCAGAGGAAACAAUAUUAAAUACCUGCGAAUCCCCGAAGAAAUCAUAGAGAUGGUGAAGGAGCAACAGGCGAACCAAUCGCAAAAUCGCAACCGCGGGCCGCGUGAGGGUGGUCGGGGUGACCGAGGUCGUGGUGGAGGCCGGGGUCGUGGACGUGGCCGCGGCCGUGGUGGCAGAGACGCUUGA